GUUGUGUUUCUGUUACAUACUCAUCGCCAUCUUGUUGCAAACCCUUUUCUUGUCUGGAAGAUUCGCAGGGGAUCGGGGGUGGGGGGGUGGUUUGAUCAAGCAUUUUGACUUGGGAGAAGAAAAGAAGAAGGAGACCUCCCGGUUUUUUUAAGUCUCCAAGAUUUUGGAUCCUCCACUGAAAGGCAACCCAAGAGAUGAGCAUUGAGACGCUUUUGGAAGCGGCCAGAUUUCUGGAAUGGCAAGCCCAGCAACAACAGAAAACACGUGAAGAAAAUGAAAAGCUCCGCCUAGAGCGGGAACAGGAGCAGAAGAAGGCCAGCGUACAAAGGGUUAACAAUGCCGUCCACCCAGAGGAGCCCAGGAACGAAAUCCCAGCAGUGCCCAUCUCUCCCCCUGCGCCAGCUCCUCCCCCUCCUCCGCCUCCGCCCCUAGCAGCCCCCAUAUCAGUCAUUCCCAUCCCCGUGGUCACUAGCCCCCCUCAGCAAGCCACCCUGUCCCCUUCGCUCAUACGCCACCCGCCUCUCAUAAGCACUCCCAGCAUCAGCAAGGAGGUGUCCUCCGGUGCACCUGUCAUACAGAGACCACCCGGCCCCCUUCUCCCAGACGUCAAGGCUGCUACGCCCCCUUCAGGGAGCCCCAAGCAGUUGCAGCAGUAUGCCGCUCCAGUGCUGGCCAUCUCUCAGCAUCAUGUGGUUCCACAGCCAAUCCAGCCUCAGCCCCAUCAGCCUCUGCAGCAGCACCCGGCACCGCCUCAGCAGCUCAACGCUCUUAAGCUGGCCCCGGCCGAAGAUGCCAAACCAAAUGAGCAGAAGAAGAGACCUGGCGGGGUUGGGACCAGGGAAGUACAUAAUAAAUUGGAGAAGAACAGGCGUGCCCAUUUGAAAGAAUGCUUUGAGACGUUAAAACGCAACAUCCCCAAUGUAGAUGAUAAGAAGACCUCAAACCUCAGCGUUCUAAGGAGUGCCUUGCGAUACAUCCAGACUUUAAAGAGAAAGGAGAAGGAGUAUGAACAUGAGAUGGAGCGGCUGGCACGGGAGAAGAUUGCUACCCAGCAGCGACUGGCUGAAUUGAAGAACGAGUUGAGUCAGUGGAUGGACAUCCUGGAAAUUGACAGAAUUAUUCGGCAGACAGUUCAGCCAGAGGAUGACCAGGCAUCUACCUCGACUGCAUCAGAGGGCGAAGACAACAUUGACGAAGACAUGGAAGACGACCGGCCCGUGAACUCGUUACCAAAACUAACCCAGCGCCAGCACCCCGAGUUAUUGAAAGCUGUCCCUCCGAAUGCUGCUUCCCCCCACCCGGCGGCCUUGCCUCCGCACCUGUCUGUCCAUCAGAAACAAGCCCCUCCCCACGCGCAGCCUCCCCUCCAGACCCAGGCGCUCGUCCAGCCGCAGGCGAUCGUCCCCGCACAGACUCACCUCGUGGCGGCUUCGACGGUGCAAUCGACUGUUAUUGCCCACACCGCCACCACCCACGCGUCGGUCAUCCAGACUGUCAACCACGUGAUUCAGGGUCCGCCGGCCAAACACAUCGCUCACAUCGCACCUUCCACGUCCAGCCCUGUUCAGCUCACCACUGCUGCUCCGCCUCUCGGCCACAUCACUGUGCACCCGGCAACCAUCAAUCACAUGACCCACCUCGGCCAGCCCAUUUAUCCUCAGCCUGUGGCCGUCAGCCAGCCGGUGGUGAGCCACAUUGCUCACACGAUUUCUCACCAGCAAGUGAACGGAACCACAAACCUAGGCCAGCAAGCGGUGAUGGCCAAACCGGCUGUAGGAACCCCCGUUGUUCACCAUCAACAGUUAGUUGGGCAAACAGUGCUAAACCCGGUAACUAUGGUCACCAUGCCCUCAUUCCCUGUAAGCACGCUCAAGCUGGCCUAGGACAGGAAGCCCGCUGGCAAAAGUCUUUGGCUGGCCACCUUUCCUGAAACUCCAUACAUUCCAACCACGUUCGAUUCCAAGGGAGAGUAGUGCAGGAACUCUGUGAACAGGGAAGAAUGACACAUUUAAGGUUGGGACUGUCACGUCCAUCAUGUUUUAACAACCAACCUGUCCGUGGUAAUGAGAAACGGGGUUUCUCUGCACUUGAAUUUCGCUAAACAGAGAAAACUUUUAAUGACGGUUGUUCAUAGUGAUUUUUUUUUCCUUUUACGUGUAAUCAGUGACCUAUGGAUAUGGUGUUCUUAAGACUUUAAUUUCCCCCUUUCAUGUGUUGCUUCUUUAUAGAAUAAAAAAAGGCUGAUCUCUCUAUUGAGACAUUGCGUAGAAUGGGAAAAAAAAUCAUAGACGUCUAUAUUUUUAUAUAUAUAUGUAUCUGCCCAAAGCUACAUAUAUAUAAAUAAAUAUAACUGUGCAGAAGGCCCUUGGCAAGGUUGUUUGCAGGAGUAUUAGUCAAAUGUUAAUUUUCGGAGGAAGAAAGCAGAGUUUCCUCAGAUGGUUUAGUGGACCAGGGUACAAAUAUUUCAUGACAAAUAAAAAAAAAAAUGUUAAAGGUAUUUCCCUUCCGUAUAUUACAUUUCAGUAAACCAUCUAAAAUCACUGUGACUUGUUAUGGCAUUUAAAGGAAAUUCUCUGUCCUGUUUAAUAAAAGGAAAAAGAAUGCACAA